AUGUUACAAGACUUGUUAGAUUUUUCAUGUUUCACCUCAGACAGAUCAACAGUGGUAGUUGGAGAAUGGGACAUUGGCAAAAGUCCCGAUUGCAACGAUUUCUUCUGUGCACCUCCGACUCAAGCUAUCAAAGUGGAGACGGUGAUCGUCCAUCCAGGGUACGAACAGAAGAUCUUCCGGCACGAUAUAGCGCUGAUUAUGUUGAAGGAUGAAAUCAAGUAUUCAGUAACUGCUGCGCCCAUUUGCCUGAACGAUAAACCUGAGAUUGUAAGUCGACAGCAAUUGCUGGAUGUGCCUCUGGUCUCUUUGGAGCACUGUGAAAGAAUAUUCGGUGAGACGGUUCCAGUGCACGAGGGGCAGCUGUGCGCGGGGGGCGAGGAAGGCAAGGAUGCCUGUUCAGGAUUCGGGGGUGCACCACUACUGCUUAUGAGGAAUAAUGUAUACGUUCAGGUUGGAAUAGUUUCGUUUGGAUCAGAAAACUGCGGCAGUGAAGGUGUUCCAAGCGUAUACACAAACAUAGCUCAUUAUCAUGAUUGGAUUGUCAGCAACUCUCCGAGAUACUAG